GUCUCGAGCGAGGUCAAAGCAAUUCCCACAGUGAUCGAAGAGCUGGCACAACAGCACCCGAACAACACAUGGAUGACGAUUCCCAACGAUCCCGAACUCUGCAAUGGCUUACGCAACAUCACGUACCGCGAACUGUCACUGGCUGUCAAGUCUCUCGCGAGCUGGAUAUCAAAGGAGAUUGGCAUUGGCAAAAUCGACAUUGAUACGGCAGCAUACAUUGGCGUGAACGAUAUGGGAUAUGCCGUGGCCGGCAGCGCGUGCAUCAGGGCAGGAUACAAAGCACUCCUACCAUCUCCUAGGAAUUCUCAGGAAGGACAAGCAUCGCUUUUCAAGACAACGAACUGCAACACUCUGUUGCACAGCGCGGGCGUCGACUCGUACGUCGAAACGAUUCGUACUGCUCUACCUGACAUCCGAGUCUACCAGAUUCCCUCUUUCGAUGAUCUGCUAGAGAUUGGUGCCAACACCACUGAGCCGCUUCAUGCUUACACCGACAAAGAGGAUGAUAUUGUGGUCAUUCUACAUACAUCAGGUUCGACUGGGCUUCCAAAGCCUAUCUACCACAACAAUGGCAGUAUACACGUGAUGGGUCAAUUACGAAAUCUGCCGGUACCGGACGGGCGACGCAACACACAAAUUGCGUUGUUCCAGCCAGACGUGCCCAUGCCGACCGUGGCACCAUUCUUCCACAUGAUGGGACGAGCGAUAACUUGGGCCAGUGUACUGAACAGAGCGCCCAUUGUCGUACUGCCACCAGAGAAGCCUGUCAACGCCGACAUCAUCAUCAAGGUGUUGGAACAAGCAAGACCGAGACAAAUGAUAUCGCCGCCAUCGGUGCUUGAAGAAGUGGUGGAGGCGCCCGGCGGUCUUGACGCCCUCAGCAAGCUUGACUAUGUCUUCUUCGGUGGAGGUCCACUGGCUACAUUGACUGGCGAGAAGCUCAUCAAGGUGACGAAGCUGGUCUCAUCUCCGCUCGCAUACCGGAAGAUCCGCAUGACUGGAAGUAUUUCGAGUGGGCCCCUGGCGCGGGAGUUGACAUGGAAUUGGACAGUCAUCAAGCCGGCCGAUAGAAGAUUCCAGGGUGUUUUCCACACUUUCCCAAACAUCAAGGAGUGGCGCACCAAAGAUCUAUUUGAACAGCAUCCCGAGAAGAAGGGUCUAUGGCUCUACAAAGGACGCAAAGACGAUGUGAUCGUCCUCAGUAAUGGCGAGAAAUUCAACCCUGUCGGCUUUGAGAAGAUCAUGGAAAGUCAUCCGCUGGUCAAGGGCGCUGUCGUCGUUGGCCAGGCCCGGUUCCAGACUGGUCUGUUGAUCGAGCCCGAAUGGUCGCUGGUGUCCGAGAGCGAAGAUCCUACACGACUGCUCGAUCAGAUAUGGCCGCUGAUCGAACGUGCCAAUGCUGAAGCUCCGGGACACGGCCGGGUUUGGCGCUCUGACAUUGCCAUUGCGAAGCGAGACAAGCCGUUCAAGCGUACCCCGAAGAGUUCCAUCGCCAGAAGAUGGACUGUUGAGCUUUACAACCGUGAGAUCGACGCAUUGUACUCGAAUGAGGGCACCGAUGAAGCCGUGGGCAAGCUUCCGGCAGACGCCGACCCGGACACCACGAAGGACUUCCUCCGCAAGCUAUUCAGGGUCAAAGAACUUUCGAUCCCGGACUCAGCUUCAGAAGACGACGAUAUCUUUAGCUUCGGCACCGACUCGCUUCAGAUCCUCGCGCUCGCGUCGAGUCUCAGUCACGCAUGUAGCGAAGGUCGAGAAGUCACCAUUUCUCCUCGCGAUGUAUACGCACACCCGACGAUCAAUAGCUUGGCUCAGUUCCUGCAGCAUGGCGGCGAAGACAGCCAGAUCUCAUGCGAAGAGACAAUGGCUAAGAUGGUAAAGAAGUACACCCACGGCCUGUCGAGGAAGCGUGGCCCAGCAGACAUUCGGCAACCGGAGCAGCAUACGUAUAUCUUGACCGGCUCGACGGGCUCUCUCGGCAACUAUGCUUUGCAGCAGCUUAUCGCUUCGCCAUCUGUCGCACACAUAUACUGUCUGAACCGCUCUGCUGAUGCAGAGUCUCGUCAGAGGCAGACCUUCCAAGAGCGUGGCGCACCAACAGACUUCUCGAAUGUAACCUUCCUGCAGAGCGAUUUCUCUAAAGAUCAGUUCGGCCUCAAAGACGACGUAUACGGGACGAUGCUGGAUACUGUCGACCUCUUCAUCCACAACGCGUGGGCCAUGGACUUCAACAAAACGCUACAAACAUAUGAGUCCACUCACAUCGCCGGCACGCGCCGUGUCGUCGACUUCAGCCUCGAGUCCAAGUACAGAGCGCACAUCGUCUUCCGUUGGCGGCUCCCAGCCAUUCAUCCAGGCGAGACCGAAGUCCCCGAGCAGAUGUUCGAUGACCAUCGGAUUCCCAUUCCAGGAGGCUACGGCGAGUCCAAGCACGUUGCAUCUCUCAUACUUGCAGCAGCAGCCGAGAACGCUGGUGUGCCUGCCUCAGUAAUCCGAGCAGGACAACUCGCUGGUCCGUACGGUGAGGGUCAACCAUGGAACAAGCACGAGUGGCUCCCCAGUAUCGUUAUCUCCUCGAAAGCUCUGAGUAUGGUCCCAGAACGACUUGGAAAUCAAGAUGAAAUCGACUGGGUCCCGAUGGAUCUGGCUGCAAGAUCCGUCAUCGACAUGUCGGAGUCCCGCACCCAGCCAGAUCAAGAUGUACUAGCUGUCGCACACCUUGUCAACCCGCAGGCCGUAAGCUGGAGUAAGAUCGUACCUACCGUUCGCGACGCACUCGAGGCGGAGACUGGCAACAAGGUCGAGGUUGUGCCUUUCCGACAGUGGUUGGACGAAUUGAAGAAGUCUCCCGCCACGCCGGAAGAGGUGGAAAAGAAGCCUGGCAUCAAGCUGAUCGAUUUCUACGAGGGACUGCUGUCUGAGGGCGGUGGGUUGCCGCAGCUAUCGACGAGCGAGACGGAGAAGUUGAGUACGACUGUGAGGACAAUGAAGGCUGUCGAUGAGGGGUUGAUGAAGAAGUGGUUGGGUCAGUGGAGGGAGUAG